GAGGAUGCUGCGUCGCGGUUUCAUUCUAGACCAGAGAGACCCAGAGCCCAGACUGUCCCAGCUGCAUGCGGCGGCGACAUGGGCGUCAGGAGGCUCCGGGUCAGAAGCCGGAGGAGCCGGGACAGCCCGGUGUCCACCCAGUGCAAUCAGACUGAGUGCUUCGACCCUCUGGUGCGAAACUGCGUGUCCUGUGAGCUCUUCUACACGCCGGAAACUAGACAUGCAAGCAGCCUGGAGCCCGGGACAGCUCUGCAGCCUCAGGAGGGCUCCGGGCUGAGACCCGAUGUGGCGCUGCUCUUCGGUGCCCCCGCGCUCCUGGGACUGGUGCUGGCACUGACCCUGGUGGGUCUGGUGAGUCUGGUGGGCUGGAGGUGGCGGCAACAGCGCAGGACAGCCUCCUUGGACACUUCCGAAGGAGUCCAGCAAGAGUCCCUGGAAAAUGUCUUUGUACCCCCCUCGGAAACCCUUCAUGCCUCAGCUCCUAACUGGCCUCCAUUCAAAGAAGAUGCAGACAACAUCCUGUCGUGCCACAGCAUCCCAGUGCCAGCCACAGAACUGGGCUCCACUGAGCUGGUGACCACCAAGACAGCUGGCCCUGAGCAGUAGCAGCAGCGGAGAAGCCCAGGGAGCCCUACUGGGCUCAUGGACUUUCACCCAACAGCUUGGAAAAGAAAAGAAUUCAACCCUUCAGUGAUGGAGACCUUUACCUGGGGCUGAACCCAGCAGAACCAGACACUACAGGCCACAGGCUCCCACCCGCAGGAGAUUGUUUCCGUGUUAGCUUUGGGCUUGAGAACAUUCCAUUUUUGAGGUCGUUUUUUUAAGUUUGUGUGCCUUCCGAUGGUUGGGUAGGCUUAAGUGCUGAAUAUUAAUCUCUUUAAUGAGUCAGAGACUGGAAACGAAAAUCUCUUUCUAAAAAUUUUGGAUGACGGACUGGAGACGUGGCUCAGCAGUUAAGUAUAUGUGCCGUCCUAGAAGAGAACUCCAGUUGUUCAGUUCCCCAGCACUCAUAUCUGGCCGCUGAAAACCACCCGUAACUCAGCCCCAGGAAUAUCCUUGUCUGUAAAGGAACCAGCUCUCACAGCUCCAGUUUGUACACACACACACACACACACACACACACACACACACACACACACACACACACACACUUUUACAAGUUAUCAAAUAUAAGAUGGGCAUGAAUGGUGGCACAGGCCUUUAAUCCCAACACUGGGAGGCAGAGGCAGGCAGAUCUCUGAGUUGGAGGCCAUCCUGGUCUACAUAGCGAGUUCCAGGCUAACCAGCGCUAUAUGGUGAGACCAGGUCUCCAAAUGAUACCAAAACUGAAAUCUUUUUAAAUUCUGAUUUUUUUCCCUUUAUUAUUAUUAUUUUUAAAUUCAUCUCACGGUGUUUAGAAGUGGUAUACUUGGAUGGUGACUAAGAUGAGGUCAAGCCAUCAGGACCAAGCCCCCAAGAUACAAAGAGAGACAAGAGACAAUGAACACGCCCCCUCCCGCCGCGUGAUGGGCUGUGCCAACUCUGGACUUCACCAGACAGAGGGCAAUCAUCAGAUGCCGGCCCUCGAACCUGAAGAGCUGUAAGCUAAAAUCAAUCUCAUUCCUUCAUAAAGUUACUCAGCCUUGGGCGUUUCGUUACAGUAAUAUAAAACUGACUAACACAGGCGCUAUGAGUAAGAGGUUUUUUCCUUUCAGCUGGGGGCGGGGAAGGUACUGUUAAACCAAAAUUAAUCUAAAUAAAGAAAGGCUGUGGGGAAGAUGCAUAAUCUGUA